AUGUCAACGAGCAAAGAGAUACCAGAGGUCAACACUGCCUGCCUCGACAAUGAAGAGCAGGUCUUUCCUGAUCCCCAAUGGAGAACGGGCUUGAGGGCCAGGUUUCCUCGGAAUGGGGCCAUCGCAUUACUCAUCAUCAUCCUCUGCGCAAACAGCUCGCUCAUAGUCCUUCUUGUCUCUGAUGGCAAGAGACAGAGGCACUGGGCUGAAAAGAUUGGACCCAGUGUCCUCCUUUCAGCCUUCAAUGGAAUCGCGAACAUCUGCUUUGGAGUGGCGAUCGCAAAUGGUGUCGCCAUCACAUGGUGGAGGAAAGCCCUCAGAGGAGCCACCAUCAAAGAACUUCAUCGUUCCUGGCAAUUCAGCUCAAGCAUCAAAGACGUUGUGUUAUAUGGCAGAUACUUCAACUUCAUCGCUUUGGCAGCCCUUGCAGCAAAAUUGACCAUCAUUGAUGGCAUUCUUCUACAGAAAGCUGCUGGCACCGAGAUCCGGCCUGAUCCUGCUCGCAAUUUCACGCUCGAUAUGUAUGUCAACGAUACCAUGCCUAUCACAGCGACAUUCGCAGACAGAUCUGGCAAUGUCUCUUCCUUCAUAGAUUGGUUUGGCACAGACGUUCAUUAUUGGUCUCACUCUGGCGGCAUCUAUCUCCCGGGCUCUUACUGCGAGGGGACCUGCCUCUUCGACGUUCAUGGUACUGGGUUUGGUAUUGAUUGCCAAAGUGAAGAAAUUGCUAUGGAUUACGGCACGGCUGUUUCUCAAGAAGCCAUCGCUGUAUCCCAAUCCGACAACUCGUCGUCUCUGAACGUGACUGCCGAGCGAACCCUCUUUGACAUCAACUUCAAAGCUAUCUAUGGAGCUACUGGAGUAGACGGCGACUACUCCAGGAUUCAGAUGAAUCUCACCUUUACCAACGCGACAGCGACCGGGGACGGCUCUGCCAGUUGUCCUGGUAAGAUGACUCGUCAUAGCUGCAUGCUGCGGCCGGCCAUUGUUCGCUAUCCUGUCACGAUAGAAGACACGUCGGCUUCUGACUCCACCAUAUCUGUAUCCAACAUGUAUCUUGGCUACAAUACUACUUCUUAUGGUGGCCAAGUCGGCUACUGGAGUGAAGCACUUCAAACCCUCUACACAGCUGAUGAGGAUAUGACCCAAUACAUGAACGGAACCUUCUACGAUUCGAAGCUGCAUCAAUUGAAGGACUACUCUGUUGUUGCUUACAAGGAUGUGCUCGAGGAUCCCACGUUCUUCUCUAGCGACUCACCGACCAUUCUCGGUGGAAUUGUCGAGGCUCUCAAUCGCUAUCUUGCGGGGACUAGCAGCAUGCAUUAUGAUAGAGGUGGAUUCUCCGUGGCUCAAACCGGCGCUGUUGGGAUGUUGCCUUUCAACUUCGCGCGUAACAGCACUACUGGCUGUGACUUUGCGUACCGGGACCCGCUGGACUACACAAUCUUACAAGUCAAUUCUCUCAUGUUCGUUCUGGCUGUUGAUCCGUGGGGUGUAAAUUACAACAACAACAACUUGACACUCACAGAGAAGUUCAGAGCCACUCAAUACGGCUCAAGCAUCCAUUAUGCAACGGAACGUCGCUAUAUGUGGGCUGCAUUGGCUACGAUGUUGGUCUGUGUUCUUUGCGUCCUGCCCAGCUACUGGGGAUAUUGGCAACUGGGUCGCGAUGUCACCUUAGGACCAUUCGAGAUUGCUAAUGCUUUCCGCGCUCCCGUUCUUGACCAUCCGGCUGUGGCGAAUGCAGGUGUCAAAGACCUAAUCAGAGAAGUUGGUCAGAGAGAAGUCAAAUAUGGCGCGAUGGUUCACAACGAUGCAUCAGGUCGCCUGGCUAUUGCCGAGCCGGAAUCUGUCAGAAGGGUUCAUCCAAGGAUCAGUGACAGAAGGUUCUGA